CAGGGGCGGGGCCGGGGCGGGUCUGUCUCCGCCUGGCCCCGCCCCCUCAUGGGGACGCUUUCCCGCGAUUUGGCCGAGGCGGCCAUGGGCUCGGGCGGCCCGGAAGCGGGGGUCGACCUCUACCGAGACACGUGGCUGCGCUACCUGGGUUAUGCCAACGAGGUCGGGGAGUCCUUCCGGGCCAUCGUCCCGGUCUCUUUGGUCUGGGCCAGUUAUGGGGUGGCCACGGCGUACGUCACCGCGGAUGCCGUCGACAAGGGCAAGAAGGCCGCCGCCCUCCAGGCCCAGCAGGGGGGCGGUGUGGCCAAGGAGGCCACGCUGGCGGUGGUGGACACCUUCAUCUGGCAGGCGCUGGCCUCGGUCAUCAUCCCCGGCUUCACCAUCAACCGCAUCUGCGCCGCCUCCCUCUACCUCUUGGCCUCGCGGACCCGGUGGCCCCUGCCCGUCCGCAAGUGGGCCACCACCGCCCUGGGCCUCUCCGCCAUCCCCUUCAUCAUCAAGCCCAUCGACCGGUCGGUGGAUUUCUUGAUGGACUCCAGCCUCCGGAAACUCUACAAAAGGGACGAGAAGCCCCCAACCUCCUUCUAAGGAUGGCCGGGAGCCCACGGACUGUCUGCCUUCCCCAGGGCAUUACCGUAUGAUUGUAUUUUGGGGCGGGGGGUGAGGGUCUGGCCCUCGCCCCUUGUCUUUGGCAGGGAAGAGAACAAUGUGAAAUUCAACGUGCAAUAAAGGAAAACAACCACUUUC